GGUGUUACGGCUCAGGAAUGUAACUCGUCAACAACUGCUAGCUUUCGGUUCGCAUCAGCUGGAGCUGGAGCUGUUGGCGACUGUCGAGUGGUAUCCCCGGGCACUUUCCUUCCUCGUCUGCAGCCGGAAAAAAAAAAGGUGUCAAACCCAGCAGUAUGGCCACGGCGCAGUCUGUGCUGCUGCUAGCAGUGCACAUUCUGCUCAUCUCAGAGUUCAUCCUGGCCAAGAAGGACUACUACGAGGUGCUGGGGGUGCCCCGAGAUGCCACCGAACGGCAGAUCAAAAAGGCUUUUCACAAGCUGGCCCUGAAGUACCAUCCGGACCGAAACAAGGGCCCAGAUGCUGAGGCCAAGUUCAGAGAAAUAGCAGAGGCUUACGAGGUGCUAUCGGAUGAUAAGAGGCGAAGAGAGUACGACCAGGUUGGUCACAGCUCAUCGUCAUCAUCGUCAGGAGGAGGAGGAAACGACUAUAACUUCAAACAGCACUACCAGUCCUUCAACUUUGAUGACAUUUUUAAAGACUUUGACCAUUUCGGUCAACAGCACCAGCACCACUUUCACUCCCACCACCAGGCCCACCACCAGGCCCACCAAAAGAGACACUUUGAGAGCCACUUCCAGGCCCACCGGGAGGCCAUGAACAGCCAGAGGCGGCAGUUCCAGCAGGGCGGCUUCGGCGGAGGGCUCUUUGACGACAUGUUCGAGGACUUGGAGAAGAUGUUCACCUUUAACUCGCACAGCUCCAGGACCGAGGGCGGGUUUCAGAGCUCGGGGAAGCAGCACUGCAGGACAGUGACUCAGCGCAGGGGGAACAUGGUGACCACCUUCACCGACUGCUCCUGAGAGAAGCAGAACCAAGGUGCGGGGCAAAAAAAAAAAAAAAAGCAGUGCACUUGAGCCACUUGGGACACUGUCGGGAUUUUAGUCGGGGUUUUGAAAUUCAAUCUUAAUUUAUCACUUGACGGAAUAGAGGAGGUUUUUGUGUGGCUUUUGUAUGUCAUUUCUCUUAUGAACAAAUAUCCAAGUUGGCUUGAUGCCUCAUGCAAUAACUCAUAUACAUUAUUGCUUGUAGCGCAGUAAUAACAUUAUACAGAUACCUCCUCAUUAUUUAGCUUUCCAGGUUUAUUAAGUUUACUGUGUUCAUUUUUUUUUUUAUGAUGGUACAAUCUGUCAGACUCAGGUAUGGUCUAAGUUUAAAAAAGAGGCAAUAAGGUUAAUUAGAAACCACAAUCACAUCAAAUUCUGCAGCUACGAUGUGCAGGCUAUAAAUAUAAAGCUCUCUGCAGCAUGUACUCUUUAUCAGUUUAAAACUAAUAUGUGAUUUGCAUAGUGCUUUCUCGCAUUUUCGCAGUUUGGUUUGAGAUUCACAUCCAAAAUAACACAUCAUUCUAUAGCACUUGCAUCAAAUUCAGCUACUUGUGUGUGCAGGUUGGCCAUUAUCAACUGUUACCUCGUUUUAGUUCCUUUCUACAGUUUCGCAUCUACCUUCACUUGGUCAGGUUGGGAAAUGAUCAGUCCCAUAUGACAAAUUCUGAUAAACUCAGCCACAGGCGAUGUUUGUGCGUCCUCGCCCUGCUGUUUUGUAAGCAGCUGGUUGAUGGGCCGUGUGCCAGCGUGAAGCUCAGUGGUUUCCUGAACUGACCGUAAUGUGCAAUAUUUAGCACCUUUGCUCUUCAUGUUGCCUAUCUCUCACAGACAGUGCUGUGUAAAUGUCAUUGUCUAACGUCUGCACUUUGUGUACGUCUGUGGUGUGUGUGUGUGCGUGUGUGAGUGUGCGUGUGUGCACGCUGAGAUUGCUCAGAAUGUUGAUUGGUUGCAUAAUUUUCAGAGAAUGAAUAAAAAGUUACAAGAGCAAA